AUGACAAAGUUUGUCACUCAGUUUUCUCAGGAAACCCAGUACUUUGCCAACCUCGGUGUCAACCGUGUUACUGUGUCAAACAUAUUUUGGGUCAGACCAUGGCUGGCAGACAGGAAGUGGUGGCGUUUCAUUGCGAAUACUAAAGCCCGGCGAUUCGGAACGGAAUUGAGCCAUCACGCGCUGGACGGAGUGAUAGAGUCGGGUCCCGUUCCCGACGUGCUGGGUGGUUGGAUGAAAAUGCCUCCCGAGUGUGGGAACAAUCGCGGUCCCACCCGCCGUCGUGAGCGGGAACUGUACACGGAUGUUGAAUUUUGUGCGAGAACUGUUUUCUUGGCUUUUCUUCGGAAGAGUGAGCCGACGCCGAAAAUAUUUAUUCUUCGGAAUUAUCAUCGAAAGCGUUCCUCGAUAAGUUCCGUCGUCAAUAAGAGGAAGUAA